AACACUUCCUACUCAAAACUUGAUAUGAAAACUUGUUAUGUCAGACGGUGAAAAGAUUCCCGUACAUAUGAAAACCGCGAUUAACAAUACAGCAACAGGCGGGGAAUCAACACACAAAUAAAUUUGCCUAUACAUUUGUAUACUUAUACAUAAAUAUUUCAUUCUGGGCUCUAACAAGUUAGAGAAUGUAGUUCGAGCUCAUCUUCAAUUCGAGCCCGCAGUUGCGAACAAUGCAUCAAAGAAAUUGGAUGGAAAGUAUGCAGCUCAGAAAUCUUUUUACAAGAGCAAUACUUUUCUUGCAUGUGCUUGAUAAUAAGUGGGCUUUCGUUAGGGGACAAGUCCAGCCAACAAUUGAAGUAAAAAAAUGCACUGAAGUGAAGCAACUUAUAUUCGAAGAGGUGCGAACUUUUAGCGCUUUCAUACAUGGCGCAGAAGAAUUAAGCUUUACGGUAGAUAAUUGCAAGCCGUAUGCACCGCUAAUAGUGGGUGGAACUCCAGCAAGCCCCAGGGAAUUUCCGCAUAUUGCACGAUUGGGUCGUGAGGAGAAAGAUAGAUCGAUAGAAUGGUUUUGUGGUGGGACAUUAGUAAGUGAUAAAUAUGUUUUAACUGCAGCGCAUUGCCUUUCAUCAAGCCGCGGUGAAGUGAAUGUAGUUCGCUUGGGCGAACUGGAGUUUGAAAAAGAAUCGGAUGACGCACAACCAGAAGAUAUUCGUGUUCGUCGCUACGUCGAACAUAAGAAUUAUGAAAGUGGCACCAUUUAUAAUGAUAUAGCUCUCAUUGAACUGGAUCGCGCUGUUAAUUUCGACGCAUAUAAACAUCCCGCCUGUUUGCCAACAACCUCAGGUGAUGAAUUUGAAAAAUUUGUCGCUAUCGGUUGGGGCAGUAUCCACUUCGCCGAUGCUGAUUCAAAGAAACUAUUAAAAGUGACUCUGCAUCGAUUCGAUUUCCACAGUUGUCAACGUAUAACAGAAUCUGGAGAUGUAGAUCAACUUCCCAGAGGAGUGGACAAUCGUUCGCAAAUAUGUGCUGGGUCAAAUGAAGCGAAAGACACUUGCAGUGGUGAUUCUGGUGGCCCAUUAUUGGCCUACCAUCCCAGUUUUCCAUGCAUGUAUACGAUAGUUGGUGUUACGUCUUUUGGUAUGGGCUGUGGUACACCCAAUCAACCGGGCGUUUAUACGCGUGUAUAUAACUUUAUUAAUUGGAUCCGUGACACUGUAUGGGCUUAGAAAAAAUAGCAAUAAAGAUAAUUGAGAAAAUAUUAAAGAUAUAAAAUCAAACACAGUUUUAAGUUUCAAACUAUGAGUAUCAAUUUAUUAUCGUCAUUGUCCUAG